AUGAUUUCACGCAGACAUGCAUUCGCGUGCAAGCAAGUGCUAGCCGCGAAAUACUUGUGGCAGAGAGACGGGUUUAUUGCGGGACAAUCAGAAAUUUGUUGGAGUGUGUUUCCGUGUCGAUGUCUGGGUGAUAUUGCUAAAUUGGGUUGGAGUAAGGUGCAGUUGGGUUUGUAUAGUACUUCAUUACUUCGCAGUGCAAGUGCACCUGGUCUGAGAUACGGCUCUAUGAAGAAUUACUGA